AUGGAGUACUGCGCCUACGGCAACCUCCACGAGUAUAUACAGAACCUCAAGCGAAACGCGGGCGGGCGCGGCCUGGGCCGGGCCGCUCGACGAAAGACCGAGAAGGGACGGGAGCUGGAGGCCGCCAUGCGCUCCACCCGUCGCAGCCGUGGUGCCCCGGCGACGCCGUUGUCGAAGCGAAAGCGCGACGAGGUGGAGGCGCCAACAUCGCCACCCGACCCCUACGAGGCGAUCAAGCAGCGAAGAGGGGCCAUCAUAGCCGGCAUCGCGCGAGGGAUGCAGCACCUGCACAAAAACAAUGUGUGCCACCGCGACUUGUCGAGUAUGAAUGUGCUGGUCGAUUCGAAUUGGGUGCCUAAGAUCGCCGACUUCGGCCUCAGCACGGUGGAUGUAAACGAGAUGAAGGGGAUGGGCGUGGGAACGGGCCGUUGGCGAGCGCCCGAGGUGUUCAAGAACAAACCGAAGAACUGCCAGGACAAGUUCAAGGGCUUCUACACCAACAGCAGUGACGUGUACAGUUUUGGAGUCAUCGUGUGGGAGUUGUUUCACCUGGGGCAGGUGCCGUGGGAGGGCGAGCUGGACGCCGACGUGAAGAGGAAGGUGAUGCAGGGCGAUCGGCCCAAGAUCGAGCGCGAUGUGCCCAAGGUGUGGCGCAAGCUCAUGGAGCAGUGCUGGGCGCACGACCCCGACAGCCGGCCCUCCUUCGCCAACGUCGUGCGCUACCUCGAAGCUCGCCACCUCGCCUAA